GACUGUGAAGUCCAUCUCACCUCAUUGCCCUUCACAGGCACAAAGCCCGGCGCUGGAUGGUGCGUCCGCCAGUGGCAGAAGACCAUCCCCAGUAACUACAAUGCCACAGUCAAUUUGGGGUCCAAAGAGGAAUUUUAUGUAUCAGUGAAAGCAGGACCCAAGGUUCGGAGUAACAAUGGCAGACUCAACCAACCUCCUUAUGUUGCCCUCACACCCCCUCUGAGGGCCCGUGUGAACUGUCCUGAAUACUUCUAUCUUUCGGUAAAGGACCUGGACAGGGAUAAAGUACAGUGUCGUUUUGCCCGUGCUGACCAGGGAGAGUGCCUUAACUGCACUCAGCACUCAUUUCUAGAACUGGACAAGGAAAAAUGUGUGCUGGCAUUCAACGGAGCUGUGUCUGCAGGCCGGUUCUCGGUCGUGGUCAUGGUAGAAGACUUCAUUCCAACCAACCGCAUUAAAGACGUCAAACCUCUUAGCUCCAUCCCUGUGCACCUCUCUCUCACUGUGGAGGAAGGAUCUUCAAGCUGCAGUGCAGCACCUGUUCCCUCAGGUCAAACCCCCAGAGAGGGCACGAUGCUGUACAUUCUCCCUUAUAUGCAGACAGACAUAACCGUCAGCUUCGUCUCAGAGCUGGAGAGUGUUUCAGAAAUAGCAGUGGUGGGCCCACCUGACCUCUUUAGAUCGGGGCUCAUAACAAAUGGCUCCAUAACUACCAUGAUGACCGCAUGGGUCCGCGACCUAAACAAGUUGGCUCCUCUCUUGCCCAUUUGCUUUGCUGCAAAUACCAACAGUUUGCAGUCACAUUCGAGAUGUGUAUGGCUGUUCCAACUGGAAAUGAAGACCCUCCCUGCUGGAACAGAGCUGAGGUGUGAGAAGACGGAGAUGACUUUGUUGCUCCCACUGGCCACUCUGGAGAACGUCAACCUGGCCGAACUGAAGCUCAACAGCCCCACCUGUCCUGUCAAUUACAACAACACUCACCUGACUGCACGUAUCCCCCUUACAGGCUGCGGCACUAAGAAAGUGCACUCUGGCUCAGAGCUGAUCUACACUAACACCCUGAAAAGUGUGCGCCCAUACACCAAGGUCAGCCGCCUGCCCUCCCUUGUCCUCCCUUUGGCCUGCCGGAUACCAGGACUCAAAGCCACGGGACCAAAGUACAAGAUUGCCAUGCCCCAAGAAAAGGAGUUUUUUGGCAAUUUUACUCUCUGGCUGGAGACUCACAUGCCAGGAGAGGGCCCCUUUUCAGAAUUUACACGCAUCCCCAGGUUUCAUAAACUCCACAGCUUCCUGCCUGGUCAUGUACACAGGAAAGCAAUGCCUGCCCUGUCAGUGGACAGCCCCAGAUUCUUCAGUGGCUCCACUGGGUCAAGCAGCAAUAAACUGGAUCUCCACGUGAUGUCCAGUUGCCAUGUGAGACGUGCAGAGCUCUUCAUUGGCAAUUGUAUGGAGUCAGAGACGGAGGACUUUGCUGACCCCCACCCCAUUCUGGAAAACGGAUGUAUGGCUUCCAAUAGCACACUAGAGGUUAUUCUAGUAACAUCCACUGCCAGGGUCUACAGAAUUGACCUAAGCGGUAUAAACGCAAAGGGAUCAAAGAUGUUUUUGGAGUGUACGGUGUAUCUCUGCAUCUCCACCAUGCCGUCCAAGAAGUGCCCUGACCCAUGUGCUGCCUCCCAUAGUAGCAGGAUGCUGACUGAGAAUAUUUUCAGCAGGACUUACACCGUUCAAUCGGAAGCCAUUGUGCUUGAGGUCAACAAUGUUACACCAAAACCAACGGCAGUCAUCACGACCGCUGCUACUCACCAAGUUAUGAAUGCUAAUACUGCUACACCUGCUGUUACUGUGACUACUACGACAACAACAGCCACUUCAAACGCUCCAGAAGAGGCCUCAGCCAUGUCUAUGGCAGUGAUUUUGACAGUCAUUUGUAUAUCUCUUUGAAACAUUCUCCUUCGCAAAGCACAGCUGAGGAUGAAAUUCAUCAAGCAAAUGCAACAGUCCGUUUGACUUCUUGAUACAUUAAAGGGUUGAACGCUACAAUGAGAGAACCCCUGGCAAGUUGAAUCAUUUGCAGAGAAACAAUAUUUGAUUGAUUAUCCAUUUCUACCUAUAAGAGCUCCUUUCUUCAGGAUGACCUUUUUGGAGAGCCAUUUCAUCCUAAACUGACCUUGUUAACCAUUUACUGAAUAUUAAAUCUCUAAUAUAUUUCUUCAAAAUGUGUGUAAUUUUGUGUACAUGCAAUACCUUGUGUCAACGUGACAGAUGAAAAAUUAUGGUCAUAAUUUGUAAAUAUUUUUUCCUCAUUAUAGUUAACGCUUGAUCAGGUAGACACCAUAAAAAUUUUAUAUUCCUGCCUUGUAAUAGAGCAAGGCAGAUACAGGCUAAAAACAAAUUUAAGAAAUUCGAUUACCACUACACCAAGCAAAAGAGGGAACGAUUUUUGAGAACAGUUGCUGAAAUAAUAUUACGAUGAAGGAAAAUGUAUCUAAAAAUCCGAGAUCCCCAACAUUUCAGAAAUUGAUCAUUAUUCUGAAAGUCAAGUGAAUGGCAUCUUUCCUUCAUAUUCUGUAUCACUUUAAAUACCCCUGUAAUCUGAGAGGCAUCAGAUCAGAAACCCUGACAAUUAUAAAAUAUAUACCAUUCUUGCUUUCUAUUUUUGUGCUUCUGACCUUUGACCCUCCUGUUCAACAGCCAAGGCAUGCAUUGCCUUGUAAUGCAAGCUGCCAACCAUAUUGCUGAUGCUCUUGCACAACUCUCCCUCAUUCUAUUCCUUAUCUUGAGUCUAUUUGCAGUUAAUAAAAUUUUUGUAUACGUUAAAGCUCUGUGGAGGAAUACUGAUUGCUCUAAAAUAAAAAUAAAAAAAGAU